GGGCCCCGCCUCCGUUGUGGAGCGCGCUGGCGCCUUUGGAACGCGGUGUAUCGAGAGCUGAAAGGGGGGAAUUCCAAUUGGAACGCGGCGCUGUCAGCGGCGGAUACAUUGUAUCCGGAGAAGGGAAUCCCCGGAGCACAGGGCAGCCAGCGAGGGACUAGGCUGCGUUCGUCUGCAGGGCAAGCCACCCCUCCUCCUAGAACCCGGGGGCAUUCGGGCAACGGUUUUCAGAUACCCCCUCACCACAGCAACACUCCACGCCCCCACCUUCUCCCUUGCAAGUCCGUGACCCGAGCGGAAGCCGCCGCUAAGCUCCCACCUCCAUGGAGUUGGAGAACAUCGUAGCCAACACGGUGUUACUAAAAGCAAGAGAAGGUGGGGGAGGGAAACGGAAAGGAAGAAGCAAGAAAUGGAAAGAAAUCCUUCGAUUUCCUCAAAUCAAUCAAUGUGAGGAUCUCCGAAAAACUUUGGAGCGAGACUACGACAGCUUGUGUAACAAGCAGCCGAUCGGGCGCGAACUUUUCCGUCAGUUCUGUGAGACGAAGCCGGAGCUGAGGAGGUGCAUCAGGUUCCUUGACACUGUGGCAGAUUAUGAAGUGACACCGGAUGAAAAGAGGAAGGAGAAGGCCAAUGAGGUCAUUCGGAGAUUUCUUACUGAGGAGUCUCCGGAAUACAUGCCCGAAAUUAGCAAGUCCUGCAUCCAGCAGAGCAUCGAAAGCCUCGAGAAGGGCCCAUGUAAAGAGAUCUUCAGCGAAUGUUUAAUGGGCCCUCAUCAGUACCUCAGCGGAGAGCCGUUCACGAAUUACCAAGAAAGCAUGUACUUUGAUCGAUUUCUGCAGUGGAAAUGGUUGGAGAGGCAACCCAUCACCAAAGAUACUUUCAGACAAUACAGGGUUCUGGGAAAAGGAGGAUUUGGAGAGGUCUGUGCCUGUCAGGUGAGAGCUACUGGAAAAAUGUACGCUUGCAAGAAGAUGGAGAAGAAGAGAAUCAAAAAAAGGAAAGGAGAGACGAUGGCGUUAAAUGAAAAGCAAAUAUUAGAAAAAGUAAAUAGCAGAUUUGUAGUCAGCCUGGCGUAUGCCUACGAAACUAAAGAUGCACUGUGUUUAGUUCUAACCAUUAUGAAUGGAGGAGACUUGAAGUUCCACAUUUACAGCAUGGGUAACCCAGGCUUUGAGGAGGAAAGAGUUAUAUUUUACGCUGCUGAGAUCUGCUGUGGCCUGGAUCAUCUCCAUCAGGAAGGUAUUGUCUAUCGGGAUCUGAAGCCAGAGAACAUCCUGCUCGAUGACAACGGACACAUUCGAUUGUCAGACCUGGGACUGGCGGUGACGAUACCACAAGGAGAGAAGAUCCGAGGGCGAGUGGGCACCGUCGGAUACAUGGCUCCCGAGGUGAUCAACAAUGAGCAGUACACAGUGGGCCCCGACUGGUGGGGUCUGGGAUGUCUCAUCUAUGAGAUGACAGCCGGACAUUCGCCAUUCCGUGCCCGGAAGGAGAGGGUGAAACGGGAAGAGGUGGAGAAGAGGGUUCAGCAACAGGAGGAGGAAUACUCCGACAAAUUCACGGAGGACGCUAAGCGCAUUUGUAGGAUGUUGCUAACCAAAGAUCCAAAGCAACGACUCGGUUGCAAAGCUGAGGGAGCCAGCGAGGUGAAGGAGCACUCAUUCUUCAAAAGCAUCAACUUCAAACGUCUAGAGGCUGGCAUGUUGGAGCCUUCCUUUGUACCAGAUCCCCGCGCUGUUUACUGCAAGGACGUGCUGGACAUUGAACAGUUUUCCACGGUGAAGGGGGUGUACCUGGACCAAACCGACAACGACUUCUAUGUGAAGUUUGCCACAGGCAGCGUUCCCAUCCCUUGGCAAAAUGAGAUGAUCGAGACGGAAUGCUUCAAGGAACUGAAUGUCUUUGGACCAAACAGGACGAGAUCUCCAGACCUGGAUUGGAACGUCCUCCCAGAGCCACCUAAACGGGGUCUGUUCGAUCGGAUUUUCCGACGACACGCGCACGAUUACACCUUCAGUAACACAACCAACACAACUUCCAGCCUCCCGCCUCACGUGAACUUGAACAACAGCACACCCAACACCAGCCAGACCCCCACAGUCGCCUGACGUCACCCGCAAAACUAGGCUCAGUUUGGGACAAAUUGCCUCCUCGCUGUCAUCUCAGGUUUAACUUGGAUGUAAAGAAAUUAGUGGCAUUUUUUUAAGUUGGUAUCACAGUGAGAAUUGAAACAGUGCUGCUUUGUGUAAAUAGAAAAUGUAGUCUGAGGGCAGGACAAAGAAGACAUGUUUCCCACAAGGCCUGGCCACACAGAGUCAGGCUGCUGAGCACACACUGGGAUGAGGGGUGCAGAAGUGCUUCCUUCAGCAUCUACUUAUAUGGUUGCUUAUUCGCCUGGGAUUCUUUGCCUAUUUCUGUUUGGACUGUCACGCUGGAAAUUCACUAGUGUUACCUCCAGCAUUACAGGGUUCUCAAGGCAAGGUCGGAACCCUAUGUGUCGGAAAAGAAAUGGUGGUGUGUGGAGGAUUGUCACGAAUCUACUGACACCUAGUGGCGGGAUGUCUGAGCUGCAGCCUUCCUAUGAUGUUGGGAUCUCAAAUGGCUGAUGGGUGGUGUGAAUGUUAUGAACCAAUGAUGCUUCCUUCUCCAACAGCUAGAGAGUAGCAAUAUCCUGUCCUGAGUAAUGCUCAACCUUGAGGUUGACUCUUCGAGAUGUGGCACUCACCUGAGAAGUUGCCUCUGAGCUGAUAGUCCAAUAGCACACUUAUCAGGAGGUGACUUGAUCAUUGCCCGAGCAAUAUUGUCCUUCAGGGCACUUCCCACAGCUGGCAAGGUCAAAGGGUGCAGCCCAGCUAAGAUCAAAGAAUGGGGCAACACUUGGAUUGGUUGGAGACUUAGAAUGUUAAACAUUAGUGGUGCUGUCCAUAAUCGGACCAUUCAAAGCCCUCGUCCCAGCGUUUAAUGGACCUUUGCUUUGGGGCAAAGGGAAGCCCUUCUUCCAGCGUACAGGUGGGAUCGUGCCAUACUCAGAAUGGCUUCUGCCACUGGUUUUGCGAACCAAGGCAGGUCACUGUGUUUUGUUGUCCAUGAGAUGGAACUGAUGGAGAUGGUACGGAUAGAAGGUGGGGGUGUCAGGGACGUCCUUCCUAAGUGUGUGGGCUUGACCUCCACUGGACCAGGAGAACAUAGCCCCCAUUGUUUUCGGUGGAGGAGCAGAGGUGAGUUACAUGCUAGGUGGGGGUAAGGAGGGGAAGGAUCGGAUCCAAAGCCCAUUUUAGCUGUUCAAAGGCAGGUUCUUUUCGUUGAAGCAGGAAGGGUCAUCCCAGCGACUCCAGCGGGCUUCUGGCCUCUCCCCCAGCUCGGGCCCGCUGUGCCAGGGUAGCAAGCAAUUUGCCAGAGGAACUCAACAAGCCGAGCAGUGCCUGUAGGAGGAAAAGGAUUUGUCAACAUUACAGAUCGAAGCCCUGCAUCAAACGUUGACAAUUCCUUUCCCUCCAGCAGAUGCUGCUCAGCCAGAUGAGUUCCUCCAACAGGUAGAUUGCUCUCCAGAUUCCAGCUGUUAUGGUCACUCCGUGCCUCCUCUGUCCCAGCGCAUUCUGUGGCAAGUUAGUAUGUGAUUGCUCUUCAACAGGCCUUUGACUUUAACCCCUGGCAUUUUAGGAUGACGUAGGUCAGAGGUCUUUGGAAUUCCUUGCCUUUGACCACUGGGAGGCCAGGAACAAAUUCUGCCUACUCAUGGUUCCCCUGCUCUAGGGCCAAAAAUGGAGACUCCACAGUGGCUCAGCACAUGUACCCUGGUUGGAACCCAGUGCUCAGUGCAUAGGAAGACCAGUGGCCUUGGGGCAGUUGCCCUGUGGCCAAUGGUGGUGCAGAAGGAGAACUGUAACCAGGAAAAUGAGUUGGAUGUCACUACAAAGUCAUUUCCCGGUAUCUGGCAGAUGAAUUGAUCCUUCCCAUUUCCCCAUGGCAACCAUGAUAGCUCAUGACAACAUGAGUUGUAGGGUUACAGCAUCCCCUGCUGGCAACUCAGGGACUCUCAACCCCUCUGUGCCUCCUCUGGCAGGAGAGUGGCUUGUAAUACAACGACUAAUUGUCUUGUGUUCUGAACUUAGUAAUUUUUUUUGUUCUGCCAAAGCGAUAUGUGUAAAUUGCUCAAUGUGUUGCACCAGUUUACAGAUCUGUACAUUUGUAUGGAGCAUACAUCAGGAUGUAUAUGUUUGUCUGUGAAAGAGUUUUAAGCCAUGUGUUAGCAGUUUUUAAAUGUCAGCGGCUCCUUCAGGAUCAAAGCAGUGGAAGAAGAUAAAACUUCAACAUUGAAACAAAUUGCUCGAGAAGCCAAAGCAAUUGGAUAUACCCAUUAGUUUAUAGUGCCCUUCGUUAAGACAUUUAAAUUUAACGAUGCUGGGGGAAUUUUUUUUGACUUUGGCUUCCGAGUUGACGGUGUACAUUGUGAAGCAAUGGUUUCGUGGGCAGGACUGCACAGUCACCGUUCAGAAGCAGUUGUGCCCAUGGGGGUAGCUGGCAAGUGUUUGUCCACGGCCGCCCAAGGCUAGACUGGGGCGUCCGCUUGAGAAAGGGUUUGUUUUAAAAAUGAACUGACGCAUUUCAGAUUGUCCACAUUUCCAUGCCUUUGGAUAUAAUUUUUGUGAGGGGAAAAUCCAAAGCAGAUCAGCACAAUUCUAGCACUCACCAGCUUCUAAUUUUUAGCGAGGAACUUUGACUCACAUCUAUACCAUGCAUGCAGGGAGGCAGUUUUAAGUCACAGUAAGAUAAAGGGUUGUUAUCUUUGGGACAGAUCCCUGGGGAGGUCUCCUCAGUAAGUAAUUUAUAACCAGUGUAAUUGAGGUUAGCAAGGUCCACUCUUUAGCCCUGACCCAUACACAGCCCAUGUAGCGCAGCUCUCAAUCUUUUAUAGAAGAUGGCAGUACUAUCAGGAGCUUAGUCCUAACAAAAGGACUGAUAACACUCUGUGCUGUAAUGACUCACUAAGAUAGGUUUUUUUAAAACUCCAUCAAUGUCAAAUAAAAGAGUUUUGGCCAGGACUAUCAACUUAGCAGUGAAGGACUGGUUCUCCACAAAUCCUUCAGCAAAACUUCCCUUCAGCAUUAAAGAGACUCGGAAGAUACUUUCAGACUUCCUGGCAGCGUGAAAAUAAAUCUGAGAUUUGAAGACGCCACAGUCAGCAAUCCAGGAGGUAAAAAUUAUAUUUAAUUGUUCAGAAAAAGGUGGAAUAAAGGUUAGAACAUAAGCAUGGUAUUAAAAGAACCACUUGGGGUGCAAAACUCAAAAUAAAAUCUUUUUUUAAAUUUGCAACAUUCCAGUUUUUCUUCAGGAGGAAAAAUCAUUGCUCGGUGGUUCAGCAAUAAAUAACUGGAGUAACAUUGGAGCAGUUAGUUACUCCGGAUUAGCGUUGACUGUGAGAAUAAUAGAUAGAUAAUUAAAGUUUCAAUCAUUUCAUUGAUUCUGUGCUGAUCUAACUGGAGGAUCAGGUAAUUUCUCUUUAACUACCUGAUGAAUGCUACUGGUUCUGAUAGCAGCAAAGGUGAGUGCCCUCAGCAGUCUUCCCCACAUCUUUCACACAAUACCGUGUUAAGAUUUUAAACUAAUAACAAUAUUUCUACGCACAGAGCUUCCAUCCAGGACCCUACCAAUGGCUAUAUCUCCACAGAAUCAAAAGCUUUAGCCAAAUCUAUAAAAACAACCACAGUGUUCUUAACAGUUCCUUUUGCUCCUGAUGACAAAUUUUUAAGAAUUGCUAUGUUUUCAUUACAACCAGGGCUUCCAAUAGUAAAACCUUUCCGAAGUACAAUAAAUAAUUUCAUUUCAAUAAUGUCCAUCAGUCUUUCAGCUAAAAUCUUAGUAAAAGUUCUCAAAAAUAGUCAACCCAAUAGUAAUUAGCUACCAGUUAGCUGGACAGAAAAGACAGCAGAUGCUUGGAAGUCUGGAGCAAUACACAAGAUGCUGGAGGGACUCGGUGGAUCUGGCAGCAUCUGCAGAGGAAAAUGGACAGUCAACCUUUCACCUGGACUCCGUCUCGAUCUGAAAUGUCGAUUAUCCACCCCAGCCCCGCAUCUGUUGCCUGACCUGCUGAGUUCCUCCGGCACCUUGCCAGCUAGCCACAUCUGAUUUCAGAACCAGGAUAUUUUUAAGCUUUCCCACUUAAGAUAAAAGUGCUUGUCACUGCAAACUCCAGGCCCGUGUGCUGUUUGGCUUCUUGCCCCUGGAGAUGGCACCUUUUGGUUUGCAGCACCCAUUGGAGGUUGACCCUAAAAGCUCAGCCCACAGGUGGGACAACGAACCAGGUCAAAGGUGAGUUGAUCUCCUCCACAGAAACAUGUGAGCACCUUGAGGGUUGGGGUUUAAUGCAAAAAGAAAUUCCAGGCCCAUGACUGGUUUGCAGACCCAA